GGCGCCCCAGCCCGUUACCCAGCGGUGCUUUGCGCGGGGCCCUGUGCAGGCCGCGCUGCGGGCGGGAUGGCGGUGGCGGUGCGCGCGCUGCAGGAGCAGCUGGAGAAGGCCAAGGAGAGCCUCAAGCACGUGGACGAGAACAUCCGCAAGCUCACGGGCCGGGACCCCAACGAUGUGAGGCCCCCUCAGAGCAGACUGCUCGCCCUCUCAGGCCCCGGUGGAGGUAGAGGGCGCGGGAGCUUAUUGCUAAGGCGUGGAUUCUCGGAUAGUGGAGGAGGACCCCCAGCCAAGCAGAGGGAUCUUGAAGGUGCAACCAAUAGGCUGGGUGGAGAACGUCGGACAAGAAGAGAAUCACGCCAUGAAAGCGACGCAGAGGAUGAUGACAUUAAAAAGCCAGCGUUGCCAUCCUCUGUUGUUGCUACCUCCAAAGAGCGAACACGUCGAGACCUUAUACAAGAUCAAAAUAUGGAUGAGAAAGGAAAGCAAAGGAAUCGACGUAUAUUUGGCCUGUUGAUGGGCACUCUUCAAAAAUUUAAGCAGGAGUCCACGGUUACUACUGAAAAGCAAAAGAGGCGAAAAGAAAUUGAACAAAAGCUUGAAGUACAGGCAGAAGAAGAAAGAAAGCAAGUUGAGAAUGAAAGGCGAGAACUGUUUGAAGAAAGGCGUGCUAAGCAGACAGAGCUGCGGUUGUUGGAGCAAAAGGUUGAGCUUGCUCAGUUGCAAGAAGAAUGGAAUGAGCAUAAUGCCAAAAUAAUUAAAUAUAUAAGAACAAAGACAAGACCCCACUUAUUCUACAUACCUGGCAGAAUGUGUCCUGCUACACAAAAGCUGAUGGAAGAGUCACAGAAAAAGAUGAAUGCACUCUUUGAAAGCAGGCGCAAUGAGUUUGCAGAGCAGAUUAACAAGAUGGAGGCGAGGCCCCGAAGACAAUCUAUGAAGGAGAAAGAACAGCAGGAGGUGCAGACUGAAGAAAAGAAGGAAGAACAGAACAAGGAGCAGGAAGAGGGUAAGGUGGCUCAGCAGGUGGAAGAGUUGGAGACAGGUAAUCAGAACAAUGAUGUAGAAAUGGAGGAGGCAGGGGAGGAAAAGGGAAAAGUAGGUUCAGGGCAUAGUGAUACAGAGAAAGAGCAGGAAGAGGAUGAACAGAAACAGGAAAUGGAGAUCAAACUAGAAGAGGCUCCUGAGGUGAGGGAGAAUGACAAGCAGCAGGAUGGCCAGCAUGAGGAGGUCUCAGCUGCGAAAGAGGAAGGUGAAGGUGUUCAGCCAGUGGAUAAUGAACAAGAUAUGGUAGAAAUGAAUGAGGCAGAUAGUGUAGAACCCAUAGAAAAUGAAAAUAGCAAAGAAGUGGAACCRGAAACUGAGUGUGAUGCUCAGCCGGAAAAUGUGUGUAACAUUCCUUCCCCUGAGAAAGAGAAAAGUAUUAAACCAGAAAUUGAGGCUGAACCUGAAGGAAAACAGGAAAAGGCACCUGAAGCCAAGGCAGAAGCCGAGGCCCCAUCUCAGCCGGAGUCUGUGCUACCACCACAGUCACCUCCGUUAUCCCAGUCCAUUCAGGAUGCAGAGCCUCAGGUAGACAAGGAUGAAAAUGCUGUGGUGUCCAUAAAGGUGACCGAGGCACAGACAGAGCAGAGUCAGACACUGAGUGUGGAAGUUAAAACUAAGAAUAGGAGUAGAAGCAGGGGUAGGGCAAGGAACAAAACCAGUAAGAGUCGUAGUAGCAGCAGUAGUAGUAGCAGUAGUACCUCCAGCAGUACUACGAGCGGAAGCAGUUCCAGCACUGGCAGCAGUACCAGUCGGAGCAGCUCCAGCAGCAGCAGCACUACAAGUGCCACUACUAGCAGGGACAGUAGCAGCAGUAGCUCUACCAGUAGUGAAAGUAGGAGUCGAAGCAGAGGGAGAGGACAUAACAGAGACAGAAAACGCAGGAGGAGUGCGGAUAGGAAGCGGAGGGAGGCGGCAGGAGCAGAUAGAAGUCACAAGUCCUCAAAAGGUGGUAGCAGAGAUGCCAAAAGCUCAAAGGAUAAAAGUUCACGAUCUGAUAGGAAGCGGUCUAUAUCGGAAAGUAGUCGGUCAGGCAAGAGAACAUCACGGAGUGAAAGAGACCGUAAAUCAGACAGGAAAGACAAAAGGCGUUAACGGAAGAGACCAAGCUUCCCUAGCCUAAUCUUUGCAGCAGAAGAUGAUUUGAGUGAAAGGAUUCCCUUUAAGGAGGAGGAGAAGGCUGCCUUAAGAAUUGCAUGCUGUAAAAAAUCUUUUGAAAAAAAGCAGACUGUUUACCAGGCAUUCUUGUACUUUUUACAUAAUUUUGUAAAAGGUGACCUAUCAAAAUUAUGUGAAGUUCCUGAAAAUGUAAAAAUAAAAGGUUAACACUCCUUUGCAUCUUUUUUUAAAUAUCCUGUACUCGUUAAGAUCCUCUGUAUAUUUUAAUAGAUAAAUCUUUAAGUUGAUGUGAUCACUUCUACUUCUGUAUCAUACACUUUUUUUUUUGUAGAAAUAAAUGUGCAUUUUAAAUAAAUUGAAAUGUCCUGUUGACACUUAAAUUCUCCUUUUAGAUAUACAUAUGCAGGGAGACAAUGUUGCAAUAAUCUUACUUUUCCCUCUAUUCUUUGCAAGGAUGGGAAUCUUAAGUCCCCUUAAAGGGAGUAAUCUCUCACUAGUGCUGGAUAAGAAGGGAAAGUAAUCAACUGGAUUAUAUAUCUUUUUGUUUUCUUCUGUAAUCAAACAUUCUUACUCAAUUCUAUCUUGUAGUAGUAUAAAUUUUUUUUUCCUAUAAGUCAAUAAUUGCAAAUGCUAACACUGACCAAGAUGAGCUGCUCGAGUCUGGAAUACCACUCUUAUCUGCCUUCUGCAGGUACUUGGGUAAUGUUUACAUCUAUGUUCUGGAGACAUUUAAUCUGUUUAAUGAUGCUCCUUGCUUUGAUGGCCAGUGGAGGAAAGACUUCAGCUCACUUCUCAACCAGGAUUGUUUUUAUUUUAGUUGCAAACUAACCUUUGAACGCUUCAUACCACUAGGAAUAACUACAUUGCAGUGUUGGAGUUACCUGGGACUACCUAAUGCCAAUGUUAYGUGCGUGCAAGAUUGCUUUCUGAAUGUAUUUAGCAGUACAACUUAAAAGUGGUAUGGUGUAUCUAUGAAGGUGAAUACUGGUUUUAUAUAAUUUUGUAUGAAAAACAACAACAUCUGUUGCUUUGUUCUGUA